CCUCCAAAAAAGGACACUAAGGGAUCGGCUAAACAGCCACAGAAAACACAAAAAAAGAAGGAAGGAGGAGGUGGUGGUGGAAAAGCCAAAAAGAAGAAGUGGUCAAAGGGAAAAGUUCGUGACAAGUUGAACAACCAAGUUUUAUUUGAUAAAGCAACUUAUGAUAAAUUGUAUAAGGAAGUUCCACAAUACAAACUGAUUACUCCAUCAGUAGUUUCUGAAAGAUUGAAAGUUCGUGGAUCAUUAGCAAAGAAAGCCCUUAUCGAACUUCGUGACAAAGGAUUAAUUAAACAAGUCGUUCACCAUAACGCUCAAUUAAUCUUUACAAGAACAACCAAAGGCGAUGAUCCAGUUGCUUAA